GUAGUUUUUAGUUUAGUUAGUCAGCGCAGUACAGUGAAGGUGUAGUGCCGUCUGUCUGUGUGUGAUACGAGAGUGUCAUGUGCGGAUAUGUCAGGUGAACAACAGCUCAGUGAACGCAUAGACAUGAGUGUAGCAGUGGAGGCGACCGGCGAGCCCUCGCUCACACUGUGGUCUUACCGCUUGUCCAUCAUGACGGUGCGGGUGAUGAGCGGGUAUGUGGUGAUAGUGUAUCGUCUCCUCGCCGCCGCCCUACACACGGUGCUACAACUGCGCAGUCGCCAGCCUCUUAUCAAAGGGCUCUCCGCCAUCAUCGACCUGGUCUCCAAAGGAGUGCUGUACAUGCCAGCAAAGAGGAUAGACCCACUGCUGAAGAGCUUGAGAGUGUCAACGCUGCGACCGCGGCCACGGGCCAUUGAGGCGGCUCCACAGCCAGAGAAGAGUGUUCACUGUGACGUGCUCCAUGACCCAGGCGUCGGACUUCGUCAUAUGGAUGUCAUCUUUAUACAUGGACUUAAGGGCUCCCUGGAGCGUACAUGGAAGCAAGGACUGUGGGACCUGAAAGGCAGAGAUACCAGUGGUCGAGUUUUGCUGAGGAAAAGUUCGUCAGCAUCAUCCAUCAACUAUCAUCAAGUGAAUCAUAUCCAUCGACAGUCGUCAGAAACCAACCUGUCCACCAUGUGUGCUGAGGAGGAAGACAGUAAGCCACAGGACAGCAGUGGUGGGAGCAGCAGCAGUGGGAGCAGCAAGAGUGGCUUCUCAAGAUGCUGGCCCAGGGACUGGCUACCCCAGGACUGUCCGGGAGUCAGAGUCAUCGCACUCAACUACACAACUGACCCCUACCUGUGGAGACCCGUCUGGGUGAACAAACGUUGUCGGACGUCAAUGAACGACCGAGCCUGGGAGAUGAUGCAGCACUUAAGUGAGCUUGGCGUGGGAGAGCAGCCGAUAGUCUGGGUCGGACACUCCAAGGGAGGACUUUUCGUCAAGCAGAUGCUAGUGCAUGCUUGUGAUAGCAGUGAUCCCAAGAUGGCUGCCCUUGGACAGCAGAGUCGUGGCAUUUUGUUCUACAGUGUGCCACAUCGAGGCUCACCCCUGGCCAACCUCAACCUGCCUCUGCUGCGACAGUCCAUAGAACUCACAGAGGUCCAAAAAGAUUCGGCACAAGUGACAGCUCUCCACCAAAAGUUCCGUGAGCUGCUUGAAAGUCAGCAAAUCACUGUGGAAGUAAGAAGCUUUAUUGAAACAACCCUCACACUCAUGUCUCUUGUAUAUGUUCGUAUCGUCAGCGUCGAAUCAGCAGAUGCUGAAGUUGGAGAACUGUACGGAGUUCCAAUCGACCACAGAAACAUUUGCAAACCCAGGAGUAGGGAUUGUUUCCUCUAUAGAGAACUUCUUUCCCUCAUAGAAGCUGUGACGCCCAAGCAACCGACGUGACACUGCUCACCCAACUUUAGACUGCCAAAUAUUUUGUUUUGUAUUUUUUUUACCAAAGUUCCCAGCUCAUUUAAUGUUUGACAAAGCAGAAUGAUGCUUAGUGUUGUGGAUUAAGUUGUGAUUAAUUAGUAAUACAAGAUUUACUUAUUUCAGCUUUAUACAAGUCAUAUUAAUUAAAUAUAUCGCAUAUCGGUAGUAUAGCCGACUAUAGCAUCAUAUUUUGCAAAAUAAUUUUAUGUAAACUAUAUCGAAGUUUAUGGUCUGAAAGAAAUAACUCCCGAUGUGUCACAAAGUGAUAUUUUAUUUAGCAUUCCAACUUGCUUGGUAACCAAAAACCGAUGCAAGUGUGACUAUUUUCUCAUUGUAAUAUAGUUUGUAAAUAUUAUUUAGGUGUUUUUAUUUUUAAUCAUUCUGUCUGUUGUUGAUUAGUUUUAAAAUAUUCAGUGAUAAUAGGGUUUGUAUAAAUUAGAAGAACAGGACCUCUGUUCCCUUAAAUACCUUGUUUUAUUGUUUGUGUGUAUUCGAUAAUUUUUUAGUUGUUGUAUGAGUUUUGUCCUUGUUAGGUAAUAUUUUUGUAUUUAGAUUAGAAGUUUACACUGCCUAAUCUCAGGACUGUAUCCCUUCUAUGUUUAGGACCAUAGGGUGUGACAGGUUCCUAUGGUUCGGACAUUGUUGGCACGUUAGUUGAAAGAUAAAAUAAUAUGCAAGAAAAUACAUGAUAUAUGACAACAUAUACAUGAUAAUAUACAUGUUGAAAGAUAUAAAAUAAAAUAAUAAAUUGGAAAAAAAACUAAAAAUUACUAAAAAUUGACUCCGCGAUGUGCAGUCCUGGAUUUCAGAAUAUAAAAAAAGAGCUCCAAUUUCUGCCAAAUGGCGGCAUUUGGUCCUUCCACUGCAUUACUGUACCCUAGGAGCACUACACGUUGUGUUUCAGUUAAGAGACAACUUUUUAACCAACCAUUUUCAUCUUCAAAGCUCAUUGUUUUAUACAUUAAUCCUAUUUUGACAAAAUAAUAAACGGUGACCGUUAAUACCUAAAAAAAUUAUCAGAUUUAUUUAAGCUUUAGGCCUAGUUUAAUGUUUCUCACAUAAAAUUCCAGAGAGUCUAUAGUUUAAUCUUUUUAAAUGUUUCUAAUCAAUUGUGUUUAGGAUUUUGAAGACUUCUAAAUUAAUUUAUGAUCUGUAAUGGUAACAUAAAACAAAACUAUUAAGCCAUUAAUACCCUAUUGCUUGUGGAUUUAGGUAAAAGUUACGAAUUUUAUAUAUCUUCUAGAAUAACAAUAUAACACAGUUUACAUUUAAUACAAAAGAAAUCAAUUGUUUGGAAUUUUUUGAUGCAAAUCCUUAAAUAUUUGCAUGGACCAGGUAUAAUGAUGGAAACCGUAAUUCUGAAAAAAUGUAUAAUGCCAUAUUUCUGGUACAGUAUUGAAUUAGUUAAGCAAAGAAUGUAACCAGCAAUACAUGACACAAGAUUAAUGUGAUGUGUGCGGGGUAUUAUUGAUGACAUAACAUAAUUUUAAGUUGAUUGGAGUUGAUGGUGUUUCAAUUUACAGUAGCCUACAUUUUAUGAUCAUGACAAAGUAUAAUAUUAUUCAAAUUAAUGACUUUAACACUAGUAAAACUGGUUAAUAGAAGCCAAUGAAGAGCUGUAUAUUGAUAACUCCUUAUGUUUACGGGCCAAUAGACAUCAAACGACAUCAGAACCUAACAUUAAAAUUAUAAAUAAGCAAAUUCUGUCAAGUUUUAUAGGCUAGCCAGUAAUGAUUUCUAUUUACUCUGUUUCUAUUGAUGUAAAAGUGCUGUACACUAGUCUAUUGGGUUGUAGCGACUUUUAUUGGCCUUAGUUCUAUUGAUAUCUAUUGAAACAAGUUGAUGUCUAGUUGAAAAAUUGUCAUUGAAGAAACUUUUUAUAGGUAUCUAUUUUGACCAGUUUACCAUUAAAAAUUCUAUUAUUGUAUUUUAUUCGAAUUUGAAGGAUUCAAGUACUUAAUUUCAGUUGUUUAUAGUAAAAUUGAUUUAAAAUUAUGAUAAUUUUAUUAAAAAUAUAACAUUGUAGAAUUGGUUCAUUUUCAGUUGUAUCUAGUGGAAAUCCAUAUAAUGUAAACUAAUUUUUCAUGUCCAGGAAAUUAUAACCACACUGAUAAUCAAAGAUGCUCAGCAGUAGGUCAGCUGUUUGAUCAAUCAUAAAGUAAGGAAUCUAAAUUUCCCUUUCCUUGUAUGACAUUAGUAUACACGAUUCUUACACCAAACUUAUUGACAUUGAAGAUAAUUUUCAUACUAUUUUCAGGUCGGAACACUCAAAGUUACAGUAUUACCAUUGGCUUACAAUCAAAAUUUUUUUUAGAGAAUGAAAUGGAGUUAUUAUGUCAAGCCAUUUGCGUGAGUAGUCUGCUUUGUUCUUUAUAUUUAGGUAUCUAUACAAUAGUUUUGCCUAUUAAUUAACCAAAAUUGAAGCAUUGCCUAUGUGAAAGCCAUUUUAUUUUCCCCUAUUUUGGUAAAGAAAUGUGUGUAGGAAUACCUUAAGUCAUUGGUUCCAAUUAUGUAGACUGUUAAGUACUCCUGACUACAGAUCUUUGUUACAUUAUUAUGUCUUAUAGUUAAAGUUUUGAACGAGAAAGUUAAUUGAAUUGAAUUGAUGCAAUAUAUGGAGUUAAGUUGAUUGACAUAUAGCUUAGGUAAAUGUAACUAUAACUGUUGUCAACUGACAUAGUAUCAAUGUCUUAUGUGUAUUGUACAAUGUACUCUUCCAUGCCCCAUAGUGACAAAACUGUGAUAUUUUGUUGAUAUAGGUUGUUUCAGGGGCUUGACUGUGAAUAUUGUUCUUGUUUAGUAAAGUUAUCAAUAGCUUUUUAACUAAAUAGUUAAUAUCAUAAAAAGUGUAAACCAACAACAUCCCUUCCCCUCAUUACAUUUGUGGUUACCAAAUUAUAAAAGUUAUUAAACUGUUUAUUUGAGUUUAAGAGCUCUUUAAAAACUCCUUAAGUGCGAGGAUUAAGAAAGAAUUAUCUACUUAUUGAAAUAGAAAUGCAUUUUAAGAUUUGUAUAGUAUCUUGCAAAAAUUGCCAAAGCUAAUAAAUACACUCCUGAUAAAUUAAAUACCUUAUUUAUUAUUUAAGCCCGAUUUCACCAAACGUUUCAUUGGAAAAAGAGGUGGAUUACGCUAAUGAAAAGUUGACUGAUCAGAUGUUUAGUGGUAGCUACAUUAGUUUUAUUCACUGGUACUCUACCUUCAUAACAAUGAGAGACUUACAUUUAUAUUUAAAUCAUUACAGGGAUGUCGUAAAAUAACAGGAGUUUGUAUUCAAAUCACACACAAAGAAACUAAUCGUCACCAUCACAUUAAAUGCCAUAAUUAUAAAGCUUGUUCUCUAACAUUUCUGAUAAAAAUCAUGCGAAUAAUCCAUAAUAGUCACACAAGAAUUUGUAUAGGUGACCACUAUUAAAAAGAAAAGAGUAGACCUACAAAAUGCAAUACCAAAAUAAGCCUAUACUGUAAACCAAUCAGCAAAUCUAAAGUAAACAAAAACCAACAACAAAUAAAUGACAACUGAUGUAAUUUAUUUACACUGGCUGAUCAGUCGAUUGGUUUUAAUCAUCCCCUAAGCAAUGUAAGACUUCAAUUCAAUUGAAUUUAAACAGGAAAAACUUGGAAACUUGGAAAACUUGGAAAAACUUGGCUUUAGAAUUUUAAAAUAGAAACCAUUAGUAAUCAUUAUACACAGUGAGAACUAAAACACUCACUGCUAUUUAGGGUUGCUGGUUGGUGUCAUUCCUUUGACGAACAUAUUACGUAAGAGUUAAAAAGUUAUGUUAUUAUACGUGAUCUAUUGAGUAUAUUCACUGGUUAGUUGAAAUACAUCCUGGUUUCUAGAUAUUCUGGCAUUAGAAAACAGGAUUUAUGUAUUUUCAACUUAACAAAAAGGUUGGGUAAAUGUUGUUGGGCAAGCUUAAAAACACACUUGUUCAAAAAUUGGUAAAUCAUGAAGUUGCACUCUGUAAUUUACUUAUUAUUUACCAUAACUCAAAUUUCUCUUAUCGUCAGAGGAUAUUCAUAAACUAUAGGUACUCUUUUUGACAAUCCCUACCAUGUAAAUUGUAUUUUGUUUCUAAAUAAUGAAAGAAAAUUUGUGUUAACAUUUUUAACUAAGUAGUAACAAUCUACUUAAUAACUUAAAAAUCACAAAAAUAAUAAAAAUUUUGUUACUCUUAGAGUUACAUAAAAUGUUUUUGUUCAAAGAUUUAUCCUGGAAUAUUUAACAAAUGUUAUUAUAGUUUCUUUGAUCAUUCAUACAGUAUUGUUAAAAUUAAAUAUCUGCCAAAAGUAUCUCAAAAUCAAAUACCAAAUUUAUAAAAGUUACUUAAACUUUGACAAAUUAAAUGUGCCAAAAUGUAUAAAAACUUAUUUUUAUACAUCCUUUAUCACAACUACUACUUAUUUUAGAUGUCAUUGUUUUCUGUUAUACCUCGGCUUCGGAUAAGAUAAAUAAAAGUCAGGGUGCUUUCUAAGUCUCUGUCAAUUCUCAAGCCUUAUUAUUAUUACUCAGUUGGAUAUUGUGCAUUAAUAGUAUUACAAUUUAUCCCCUAAUCCAUGUAAAUGCCCUGUCAAACCAUGGACCAAUCAAUUUUUUCAUUUAAUACUUAGUUAAUUGUGAAUAAAAUGAAAUAUUCUUGAAUAUA